AUGGCUGACGAACACCACGAUGAUGCUGCCACCGAUGUGAAGAAGAAGAGAACGUUCCGCAAGUUCUCUUACCGCGGAAUCGACCUCGACAAGCUCUUGGACCUCUCCUCGGAGCAGUUGAUGGACCUCGUCAACGCCCGCCCUCGCAGACGUUUCCAGCGUGGUCUUAAGCGCAAGCCUAUGGGUUUGAUCAAGAAGCUCCGUCAGGCCAAGAAGGACGCUCCCGCCAUGGAGAAGCCCGCUGUCGUCAAGACCCACCUCCGUAACAUGAUUGUCGUCCCCGAGAUGAUUGGAUCGGUUGUCGGUGUCUACAACGGAAAGACCUUCAACCAGGUCGAGAUCAAGCCCGAGAUGAUCGGACACUACCUCGGAGAGUUCUCCAUCACCUACAAGCCCGUCAAGCACGGUCGUCCCGGUAUCGGUGCCACCCACUCUUCCCGUUUCAUUCCUCUCAAGUAA